GGUGAAACAGAAACUCGCGGCUCAGCAGGUUUAUGUCACAAGCCGAUACAGGAAGUCCCCCGGCAGCUACUAGCCAGCUAAACCACAGCCAUAAUGGAACAGCUUAUGGGGUAGAAAGUGUCGUCGUGGCGUGAAGAAGUGAUUUUAUGUUGUCUGGAUAGGUAAAAACGAGUGGUAACAAGAUGGAAGGAACUGUCGCAGUCGUAUUUUUGUCGCUCCUUUGUUUAGCGUCGGAGAUAAAUGGCCAGGAAGCGAUCUCGCAUAUUUCAAAUGGAGAUACUGAGAGGGAGUUCUGCAUUGUUCACAAUCACUCUUGGACCCCGCUGGCACAGUCACUGAAUUCUGCAACGGAGUACCAGUUGGUGAAUAUGACUUCCUCUCUGCUGUGUGACAGCUCAGGGAUCAAUGCAUCUUCAGUAAAGGGCAAGGCUCUGGUGGUGAUGAGAGGCAACUGUGAUUUCAGCCAGAAGGCUCUUAUCGCUCAGGGACUUGGAGCGAUGGCUUUGCUCAUUGCCAGCAAUAAAACGCUGAAAAUCCCAUCAGCCAACGAGUCGGAGUACGCAAAGGUCAAUAUUUCUCUCGCUCUCAUGAGGCACAGGGAUUUCCUGGAAGCUUGGCAGGUCUUCGGGAAUGAGAUGCAGGUGAAGCUGUAUGCUCCACCUUCCACAAAGAUCGAUCCAAGCAUUGCAGUCAUCCUGCUGAUUUCCAUUGGCACAGUUGUUUUGGGCGGCUACUGGAGCGGGGCGUGUGAGAGGGAACGGUUGAAUAGCGGUGCAUCUGGAGGAGGAGGUGGAGGAGGAGGCGGAGAAAGCAAAGCAGACAGUGGAGAGCUUUCACUGUACUCUCCUCUCAAAGUGGUUAUCUUUGUUGCCUUGAUGUGCGGGAUGCUUGUCCUCAUGUACUUCUUCUACAAAGUUCUUGUUUACGUCAUUAUUGUUAUCUUCUGCCUGGCAUCUGCCUCUGCGCUCUAUAGCUGUUUUGAUGCAGUGAUGGACAAAAUCGGUUGCGGCACUUUAAGGUUCUCUGUCCGGAAUUGGAACUUUUCAGUGAGGUCUCUCUUGUUGGCUGCUGUGUGCAUUAGCAUUUCUGUGGUCUGGGGAGUGUACAGAAAUGAAGACAGAUGGAUCUGGAUUCUGCAGGACCUCCUUGGCAUUGCUUUCUGCCUCAACUUCAUGAAGACAAUUUCACUGUCCAAUUUCAAGAUCUGUGUGAUUCUGCUGAGCCUCCUGCUUGUAUAUGAUGUCUUCUUUGUUUUCAUCACUCCUUUCUUCACUAAGAAUGGAGUAAGCAUCAUGGUGCAGGUUGCCCUGGGCCCAGAUGCAUCUGGAGAGAAGACACAAGGUGUGGAGAUCCCCGCUGAACCCCAGCCUCCCUCUGAGAAACUUCCUGUGGUGAUGCGUGUCCCGCGCCUCUUAGCUUGGGCUCAAAACCUGUGUAUGAUGCAGUUCUCCAUCCUGGGUUACGGCGACAUCAUUGUCCCAGGUCUUUUGGUUGCCUACUGCAGCAGGUUUGAUGUUUGGAUCAAGAGCAAGAGGAAAGUCUACUUUGUCAGUUGCUGCAUAGCCUAUUUCCUGGGAAUGAUACUGACAUUCAUCGUGAUGUUGCUGUCAGGAAUGGGACAGCCUGCUCUGCUCUACUUAGUGCCCUUCACUGUGAUAACUUCUGCUGUGGUGGCAGGCUGCAGGGGGGAGAUGAAGCAGUUCUGGGCUGGAACCACAUACCAGGUCUUGGACUCAUCCAGGGAACCUUUGCUGCCAGGUGUGCUUCCCUCCAAACCCCAGACCUCUCCCCUGCAACGCUCCUGUCAUUAAUGUCACUUACUGCAGUGCCUUAUUGUCUCUUAUCAGCUUCUUUAUCACCCUUUGUUUUGACAUUUUAACUCCUGAUUUCCAGGGUCAGUUUGAUAUUUAGAGACAAACUACAUAUUAACUGUUUUAAAAUUCAAAUAAAUUUUAGGACAGAAGUUUGAAUGUGAAAUAAUACAUCAUUUUAGCCAUUAGGUGUCUCCAGUUGACUGAAAAUAAUCUUUGAUGUGUCUAAAGUGACUCGCAGCGAUAUGAUAAAGUGGACUUGUCUAAAAGCUUUGGCCCUGGAAUGACAUUAACUUAUUUCCUUUUUUUUUAGUUUUUUGUUUGUUUGUUUUUGUCCUUUUUUGUUUCCUUUUCCACUCUCUGCUCAUUCCAGCUUUUUUUCAAUGGAGAGGAUUCAAUAACUGCCCCAUCCUUCAUGCAGUUCCCAAUGUGUUCAUGUUGCCCUUUGCAUGAUUUUGCUUGCAGUUGACAUGGGAGAGCUGUGGCAUGAAUUUUUGAAUGCAUUAUCUCUGUUGUUUGUUAUUAGUAGAACAAAUCAUAUAUGCAGCUUGCAUUAUAAAUUCAAAUGCUGCCUAUGAGUCUGCCUUUCUUACUAAACUAAAAGAUUAAAGUAAACAUUAA